AUGCCGCAGAUCAGGAAGCAGAGGACAUGGCAAAGCACACAGGAAUUCAAUGGAGAUAGCAGGGAUGCGGAGCAGGUCGUAAGGGCCUGGACGAUGAAAUCGCUUUGGGUAGCUGAACUGGAUGUUCUGCAGUGGGGAUGCUUGGACGUUGAAUGGGGCGCUAAGCACCCAACGGAUAUGUUCUACAAUAGGGCAACAAACCGCCACAAAGACGAUAGUCUAGUGUUACAUGCGCAGGGCUAUGAAUGUAAGGCAUCGGCUCAGGAACGGCCCUAUAUAUCUCGUCCAUCCAGGACGCAGCAGCUAGCAAACCCCAAACUGGUGCCGGAGCUAAUGAGCGAUGUUCCGAAUGAUCUAUUACGAACAAAGGGUGUAGCUGAUGAACAGCUAGCGCUGAAAGAGAAUGAACGGAGUCGCAAAAGGGACUCCGAUUAUGAUGAUAGAGACCACGAAGGUAUUCGGGGGCAUUCCAGAAAACGGGCAAGAUCCGUUUCUCCAGCGUACUCAGCAGAUUCCGUUUCCACGAUUUCAACAAACCGAUCCUGGUCUCGAUCUCCACGGCGAAAACGGGACCUAUCACCAUCGCCGGGUAGGUCGAGGGAGCGGAAAAGGAAAAUAAACGAAAGUUUUUCAAGAGCUUCCCAUCUCUCUGCUUCUCCUGUUGAGAAAAAGAGAACACCUUCCAAAGCAACAGAUCGAAAUAAAAGGCGGAGAAUGAGGUCGCAGAGUCCCCAUGAACGAGGCCGGCAGUAUGACCCAGACAGACGAGGGAGCUGGAGAAACAGGUCGCAAAGCCAGAGUAUGGAUAGAAGUUCGAUUGCGAAACAACGGUGGUCUUUGACUCCUGAUGGCAUGGAUCGAAAUGGUGGAUAUACAGACCGUGAUCGUUCUCAUCAGCCACGCAGCCAGGAGAGGUUCCAGGAAAGACCACGGAGCAUUCGGAAUCAUGAGCCUCCUUAUCGUGGGGCGAGAGGCGUUCUUCGGAGUCCACCCUCGCCCAGGGAGCGAAGUCUAAGCCCCUUCAGCAAACGACUGGCUCUUACCCAGGCCAUGAAUAUGAAUAGGUAG